AUGACUAUAUCAGACUUACAUAUAGCAGAUAAUAAACCCAGUCUCGAAUGCACAGAUUGUGGGGCACAGAUCACAGAUAGUGAUAUGUUAUCGCACUGGGAUGAGCACGGAGUACACUUGCACAGAUGCAGCCUCUGUGACGUCAUUUCCAGGUCUAAGAAAGAAAUUAUACAACACAUUACAGAAGUACACACGAAGGUCUACAGCUGUAAGGAAUGUGGAACCAAAUGCUGGGUGCCGUGCCCGGACUGCGGCAAGACGUUCAGCAGGAAGGUGUACAUGAACAACCACCACAAGCAGGUGCACAGGAGGGACUCGCCGCACUACUGUCGGGACUGCGACAAGACCAAUCGCGUGUUGACAAACCACCGACGCACUCACACCGGCGAGAGGCCGUUCUGCUGUGAACAUUGUGGGGCGGCCUUCGCUCAGCUACAGGCGAGGAAGACGCACGAGAGAACGCAGCACAGAACGGCGCAGUAG